AUGGUGCAUAGACGAAAGAGAGGCGGAUUGCUGAGGGGAGGAUGGUGUGGAGGAGGUGGCGAAGAAGAGGCCAUUGAGCAGUUGUCAAGAGACGACGCAAGCCAUUUCAGCGUCACAAGUGCUAUUCUCCCUUCUCUUGGCGCACGUAGCAACCGCAGAAUCAAUCUCCGUCGCUUCAUUGUCUCUCCUUUUGAUGCCCGUUACAGACUCUGGGAGACAUAUCUGGUAUUUCUGGUCUUCUAUACAGCAUGGGUAUCUCCAUUUGAGUUUGGAUUCCUCGAAGAACCAAAGGGGCCUCUCUCCAUUGCUGAUAAUGUAGUUAAUGGGUUUUUUGCCAUUGAUAUUAUCUUGACCUUCUUUGUUGCCUACCUCGAUAGAUCUACUUACCUCCUCGUUGACAAUCACAAGCUAAUUGCUUGGAGAUACACGAAAACAUGGUUAGCCUUUGAUGUCAUUUCCACAAUCCCUUCUGAACUUGCUCGGAAAAUUUUGCCCAAACCUCUUAAAGAAUAUGGCUACUUCAAUAUGCUCCGUCUCUGGCGUCUCCGAAGAGUCAGUUCUAUGUUUGCCAGAUUGGAGAAAGAUAGGAACUUUAACUACUUUUGGGUUCGAUGUGCAAAGCUUAUUUGUGUUACUCUAUUUGCAGUUCACUGUGCUGGUUGCUUCUACUAUCUCCUUGGUUCUCAACACGGUGACCCAAAGAAGACAUGGCUUGGGUUGGUCAUGGGGGACCUUAAUACCCACAGUUUGUGGCAACGAUACGUGACCUCAAUGUACUGGUCAAUCACCACUCUUACAACUACGGGCUAUGGCGAUUUGCAUGCAGUGAAUACAAGGGAGAUGGUGUUUGACAUCUUCUAUAUGCUCUUUAAUCUUGGAUUAACAUCAUAUUUGAUUGGGAAUAUGACCAACUUGGUUGUCCAUGGUACCAGUCGAACUAGGAAAUUUAGAGAUAGUAUUCAAGCUGCCUCAAGUUUUGCACUGAGGAAUCAACUACCUGUACGCCUGCAAGAUCAAAUGCUUGCUCACUUGAGUUUGAGGCAUAGAACAAACUCAGAAGGGCUGCAACAGCAAGAGACCCUAGAAGUCCUUCCUAAAGCCAUUCGAUCAAGUAUUUCACACUAUCUCUUCUACUCACUUGUGGACAAAGUGUACUUGUUUCGUGGUGUAUCAAAUGACUUACUUUUCCAACUGGUUUCAGAGAUGAAGCCUGAGUAUUUUCCUCCCAAAGAAGACAUCAUUUUGCAGAAUGAAGCACCUACAGACUUGUAUGUACUGGUUACUGGUGUUGUGGAGCUCAUUGAACGCAGGAAUGCGAUAGAACAGGUUGUUGGAGAGAUAAGGACAGGAGAUGUCUGUGGUGAGAUAGGUGUGCUUUGUUACAGGCCACAACUGUUCACGGCUAGGACCAAACGACUGUGUCAGCUGCUUCGUCUGAACCGUACUGCACUUCUAAAUCUUGUUCAGGCAAACGUUGGAGAUGGAGCAAUAAUCAUAAACAAUCUACUUCAGCAUUUGAAAGAGCACAAAAACCCAGUAAUGGAAGGAGUUUUGGCUGACAUAGAGAGCAUGCUAGCUCAGGGAAGAAUGGAAUUGCCUCUCAGUUUGUGUUUUGCAGUUUUGAGAGGAGAUGAUCUAUUGUUGCAUCAGUUGCUGAAACGUGGUUUGGAUCCAAACGAAUUAGACAGCAAUGGACGAACUCCUCUGCAUAUUGCAGCGUCCAAAGGGAGAGAACAAUGUGCACACCUGCUUCUUGAAUAUGGAGCAAACCCUAAUGGCAAAGAUUCAGAAGGAAUUGUUCCUCUGUGGGAUGCCAUUUUGGAGAGAGAUGAAUCCAUGAUCAAACUACUCAUGGACAAUGGUGCGAAGAUACCGCUAAGCAAUGUGGGUCAGUAUGCAUGCACUGCUGUUGAACGAAAUGACCUAGACUUGCUCAAAGACCUUGUUCGCUUUGGUGGGGACGUAACACAUCCCAGUAGCUCUGGCACCACUGCACUUCAUGCAGCAACCUCUGAAGCAAACAUCGAAAUAGUUAAGUUUCUGCUAGAUCAAGGAGCUGAUGUUGACAAGCUAGAUAACGAUGGGUGGACCCCAAGGACUUUGGCUGAUCAACAGGGCCAUGAAGAAAUAAAAGUUCUGUUCCAAACCAAGCGGGAGACUAAAAAACUAACCCCUGUGCCAGCUACCAAGAAGCCAGGGGUCCCCUUCCUCGGGAAGUUCAAGAGCGACUCAUAUCUACAGCCCUUUCAGCAUGAUAGAGAAUCAACAGGACUUGAGGUGUCAUGGAUAGAUGAUAACCGUCCAAGGCGAAGGGUCAACAAUUUCAACAAUUCACUCUUUGGGAUCAUGUCAUCUGUCAAUACACGUGAGAGAAAGGGCUUUAUUCGAUCUGCAGCCAGUUUUGCUACUUCCCCAAGACAAAGGGACUUUCCUGCUAGAGUGACACUUAGCUGCCCAGAAAAAGGUGAAGUAGCAGGGAAGCUGGUUCCUCUGCCACAGUCCCUUCAGGAGCUACUGGAUAUCGGUGCCAAAAAAUUCAAGUUUUCUCCUACAAAAGUUGUAACCAAAGAAGGAGCAGAAGUUGAAGACAUAGAGCUUAUCAGAGAUGGUGAUCAUCUCAUUCUGGUGAGUGAGGAUGGAGAUGAAAAUUCUAAGCAAGUAGAGGCUGGGACUAAUUUGGAUUCUCCCCCACACUAA